AUGGAGAUCGACGGCGCCUCUGCCGCAGCCGCAGAAGAAACCGAAAUCUUCCACAAGGCCAAGCAUCCGAUUACUCUCAAGUUUGAAGAUGUGUCGUACAAGAUCAAGAAUAGGAACAAGAUCGAGCGCGAAAUUCUCAAGGGUAUUUCCGGCGCGGUGGCUCCCGGCGAGUUGCUGGCCAUGCUCGGCCCCUCCGGCAGCGGCAAGACAACGCUCCUCACGGUCCUCGGUGGCCGCAUCAUCCACAGCCGCAUAUCCGGCAGCGUCGCCUACAACGGCUGCUCGUUCUCCAACGCCGUCAAGCGCAACAUUGGCUUCGUGACGCAGGACGACGUGCUCCACCCGCACCUCACCGUCGCCGAGACGCUGGUGUACACCGCGCUGCUCCGCCUCCCGAGCACGCUCCCGCGGGCGGCGAAGGUAAUGCGGGCGGAAGCCGUGUUGGCGCGGCUCGGCCUCACGGCCUGCCGCGACGGAAUCGUCGGCAGCACGCUGGUGCGGGGGGUGUCCGGCGGCGAGCGUAAGCGGGUGAGCAUCGCGCAGGAGAUGCUGGUGGACCCCAGCCUGCUGAUGCUGGACGAGCCCACCUCAGGGCUCGACUCCACCAUCGCCGGCAGGAUUGUGUCGACGCUGUGGGAACUCACCGGAGGCGGGAAGACCGUGGUGAUGACCAUACACCAGCCGUCGAGCCGCCUCUUCUACAUGUUCCACAAGAUCUUGCUGCUGUCGGAUGGCAACUCGAUCUACUUCGGCAAAGGGUCCGAGGCAAUGGCCUACUUUGCUCGAAUGGGCCACGCACCAACUCUGGCAAUGAAUCCUGCUGAUUUCCUUCUAGAUCUUGCUAAUGGAGUAUCCUCAGAUGAAACAACAGGAGAAAGAGCAUCUACUAAGCAAGCCCUGGUGGCUGCUUAUAAACAACACUUGCAUGAUCAGGUGCGCGAGGAGAUUUCAAAUCUAAGCAAACAUUCCAGCGAACAUGAUCCUGGCAAGAUGACAAGUGAAUGGUGCACUACUUGGUGGGACCAAUUCACAGUGCUACUGCAGAGGGAUCUCAAGGAAAGGAAACACGAAGCCUUCUCGUUGCAGAAUAUCGCACAAGUGUUAGCGGUGGCCCUGCUUUCAGGAAUCCUAUGGUUUCAAUCCGAAGGACAUGUUCAAGACCAGGUGGGUCUUCUUUUCUUUGUUGCUGGAUUCUGGGUCUUAUAUCCAGUCUUUGAAGCCAUAUUCACCUUCCCGCCAGAGCGAGCAUUGCUAGCCAAGGAACGAUCCUCCGGGAUGUAUCGCCUCUCAUCCUACUUUGUCGCGAGAAUGGCUGGGGAUCUUCCGAUGGAACUCAUCCUGCCGAUCGUUUCCAUCACAAUCACGUACUGGAUGGGCGGCCUGAAGCCAUUGGCAGCUAACUUCUGCGCGAACCUUGCUGUUUUGCUCCUGGGUGUAUUGGCAGCUCAAGGCUUCGGACUCGCACUCGGAGCACUCGUCAUGAAUCUGAAAGCUGCAACGACACUCGGAUCAGUUCUCAUGAUGUCUUUCUUGCUCGCCGGGGGAUUCUACGUGCAGAACAUUCCGCCUUUCAUUGCGUGGAUCAAGUACAUCUCUCCCCUCUACUACACAUUCAAGCUUCAGAUAAUAACUCAGUACUCUGCUGAAGAUACAUACCAGUGCACGCCUACUGUGAGAUGCCCGAUUUUGGAACUCCCGUCGAUCAAUAUGGUCGGUUUUGGUGAUAGAGUCGGGACAGCGGCGGCGCUGGUUAUCAUGCUCGUUGCCUACCGAUUUGUUGCUUAUCUUGGCCUCAUGAGGGUGGGUGUUGCAAGAACAGGAUAUGCGGAUCAUGACGUACAUGUCAAGAUAGGCGGAGGCGGACUAAGGUUUACAGGUCAGGAAUUACAGGACAAGAUAUGCAGAAUAGGAUAUGCGGACCAGGACGUACAGUUCAGGAUAGGCGGACUAAGGCUUACAGGAGACCCCUACCUCGUCGUCCUAAUCAUCGCCUUCCGUCAUCCCCCCGCGGUAACCCUUGUAGGAAGUACAGCGCCAGCAACGCAUCUCAACGACCCCCGUCAACACCGACAACAGCACAACCGGUCUCCGUUUGACCCAAAUUUCGGAUGGGAUCAAUUUUGCGCCAUCUGUGGGAACACAUCUAUCUGUUACGGAAUGUGA